AUGGCCAAAAAGGAAGAUAAAGUUUCGAAAGAAAAAGAAGAAAGAAAAGAAACAUCAUCUCAGACUGAUACUGCUCAGCAACAAGAAAAGACACAAGAUGCUCCUCCCCCGCAAUAUUCUCCAACACCACAACAAGCUCAUACUCAAGGAUAUCAGGGCUCAACACAGAUGCCAUCACCCCCACCACAGUAUCAGCCUGUCGCAGCCGGUUAUCCAUCAGCGCUUCCUUAUGACCAAGCUUUAGGAAGACCAUUUAUCCUAAAUACAAAUGAUAAGGGUAAGCAAGAGAAAAGAGAAUCAAUGCCACAAACUGAUGAGGAGCAACAAAGAAAUAUGCAAAAUUACCCUUAUUCUCCUAAUCCACUUCCGUAUCCUCAGCAGCAACCAUACGGCUAUCCAGGAAGUAGCCAAAUGCCACAGCAACCUCACUAUCAAAGCUCGCCAAACACACCAGGAUAUUCACAUUUUCUACCUUACUCUCAGGUGGUCUACGUUCAAUCACCAAAUCAUGAUUCUGGCCCAUACAGGAGUAGAGGACAAAGGAAAUAUACCACAGAAUCCGGCCCUGAAUAUGCAGGAUUUACAGAUGUAGAAGUUCGAAGGGUUUUUGUGAGAAAAGAACAAGUGAAUGAAAAGAAGCGCAUUCGUUUACCUGUAAUAAAAUUGAUCAGAAAAAGUAGUUGA